GCAAAAUGAGCGACCAGCCGAGCUUCCAAUCGACGCCUGUAAGGCCCACCAGGUGAGCGCAUGCUUCCCCAUCACCCAGAUCGGCGACCAGAGUGUAAAUCAGGUUUUGAAUGGGGUUAGACACGGGUCAGGCCGCAGCGGGAUCGGCGACCCCAGCAAACCUGGGCGAUCGCAUCGUUGCACCCCGGGUCUGCGCUUGCUCUUCCGUUGCCGUGCACUCACAGCCCCUGACCUCCCUUGCAACUCCAUCCAUUCCCAUCUGCCCACACUGUGCGCAAAUUGAUUCCGCGGCGACGCCGACUCGGUAGACAACCAUCGAUGGCGACGCCUCCGCAUCGUAACCCACAUCAGUUCAAUGGCAGGGGUGCUCAGCCCAACGGCAACAACAACGAAGGGACGUAUCCGC